CGACCAGAAAACCACCAAUUUCAGAUCCGAGUAGUCCUCGACUCUGGGAGGAUGCGAUUCCGAGACUGCGCCCGGGCUUCCGUUUGUGCGACGCUGUGAGAUUCAUCGCCGGCGGCAAUCGUUUGCGUGACUCAGCGGCUGGAUCUGUUUCAGCCCCCAGGUCCGUUUUGAGCUUAGGUUCUGCCUCUGCAACUGCAAGUCCAUCCCGCUCCGAUGCUUCACCUUUAACCAAGAAAUCUAAAAACAGAUUCCAGAGAGCAUUGGAAAGUUUAAUUUGAACCAUCCUCUGAAGGGCUUUUCUGUUUCUAACUCAAAAUGGCAUUUAGAGGGAGGGGACGCGGGCGCGGAGGAUAUGGUGGUGGCUUUAAACGAGCAAAGGAAGAACCAUUUGAGCUAUUCCCAGCGAUCGAUGAUGAGACCUUGGGCAAGGCAACGAUGGUUUUUCCUGAACAGAAAUCUCUAGGAAGUGCAUAUUUAAAGAUAAUGAGGGAAUGCAGAUCCUCUCCUUACUUUAUCCGCGAUGAAACUAGCGGUGUUUCAGAUGAUAGAAAAAGUACGGACAUAGAACGGUUUUCAGACAUGAAUUCCAACAAAUCCAAAGCGAAAUCUGAACUCUCGGAUUUCAUCACGAUCUCUGCUGCGUUAUACCCUGCUGAAACGGCCAAGCGCAAAUUGAUGAUGAUACGCCGUGCGAAAAAGAGGGUUCGAUGGAGUGAAGAUGUAGAUUUGCAAAACCUGGACUUUGAGAGGUUCGAGCGAGACUCCGAUGGCGAAGAUGGGAAGAAAAAUGAUAGCGAAGAUGACGAAGACGACGAAGAUGGAGAAGAGAAUGUUGAAGAUGACGAAGACUCAUUCGACGAAGAUGAUGACUACAUGAAGAAUGAGGAUUUUGAUGAUGAUGAGGAUGACUUCAACAUGGACGAUGAUCCCUAUGAUGAUGAGGGCACCUACGAUUGAUUCAUUCAUGAUGUUUCUUUUGUCGUUUAGAACAAUAUUUUCAAUUAGCGCUAACGUUUUCUUUUAAUUUUACAAUGGUAUAGGAUAAUUUUAAAAGCGUUAAAGCUAAAUGUGAUCGUUAGAUAAUAUUUUCAAAAUGCUAAAAGUUGGCCAGAAGGGCAUUCUCUGAUUUUCUACUAGUAUUAAUUUGUAGCUUAUACUAAUAAAUUGUGAUAAAUUUA